UUUAUAAUUUUUUUGCCAUUCAAAUAUUUUUUUUUCUACAAAUCAAAUACUACAGAGUACAGAACUCUAAUGAUAAAGGAUCUAAUUGGGGCAACUAGAAAAGUUAAAGGCGUCAGAGACCUCCCGUGUAAUUAUCGAUGACAAUUAAGUUAUUUACCCGUUCACAAAACCCUCUCCUCUGGCACUACUUUUUCCCCUUCCCUUCCGUCCUCUCCUGCUGCGGUCGGACCCCCUUCUUUUUUAUCUCCUAUCGCCGAAGCCGCCGGCCCUCCCCGCGCCGCUUCGAUUUGACUGGAUUGUGUUUUUUGAAGUUAAAGUUCCUACCAACAGUUAAGACUAAUUGAAGAAGGACAUAUUUGCUGAUACCAACAAUCAAAGCAACAGCAACAUGGAGAAAAGCUCAGAACAUGCUAAUGAAGAGGAAUUUCUUCUACUUGACUUGGAUGACAUCUGUGUGUAUUCAGAUAUACCAGCAAAUGCUCCCUAUACUCUUUCGGGUUUGGAUACAGCAAAUCCUACCUUGGUUAUUGGUGAUCGUCUAAAGCUGAUUGGAGAGUACCAAGAAACAAUUGGCACGUGUUAUAUUUUCUCCGAAGAUGGUGAAACUGCAACAAGAAAUGCGGAUACAAGACCUUCUGAAACGAAUCUUAUAAAUGAGAAACACAUCAGUGAUUCAAAUCAAGCUUCAUCGAAGCAGGUUAAACCUGUCGCGAGCCUUUACAAAGCUCUCAAAUUCAAGCCGGCCACGGACGACAAAAAUGAAUCCGAAACUACAACAAAGUGCUUGUAGUUUCAAACAGUAUGAUCGAUAUUGCAAUUGGUUUUUUUUUUUUUUUUCUUAUUUUUUGUCUAUUGACAAUUAUUAUAGUGGAAUGUAUAUUUCUCUGUCUGGUUUUCUUCGCUUCGCUUGCGAUUCUACUUUGAUCAAAAAGCUGCAAGAUUACUUUCAGUAUGUAACUCCAUUUAGGGAUCUGAUGUGGUAUCAGAUGCGAAUCGAGAAUGCAAACUUAGCUCCAACCUUGUUGAAUAAGCCACAUCAAAAAGUUGCUCUAAAAAUUGUAUUCCUGGUGGCAGUAAAAUCCUAGCAGCUGUUUUAUGAAAAAUAAUAGUCCUAACAGCUGCAUGACUCAAACUGA